CCGCCCCGCCGCUGCCGCCGCUACCGGAAGGGCCCGGCCCGGCCCCAGCCGCCGCCGCCAGCAUGAGCGAGACGGUGCUGUGCAGCGCCCGCGCCACGGUGCUGCUCUACGACGAGGCCCAGAAGCAGUGGGUGGCGGCGGGGGGGGGCCCCCAGACCCCCAGCUGCGUCCAGCUCUACCACCACCCCGGCACCCACGCCUUCCGCCUGGUGGGGCGCAAGAUGCAGCCCGACCAGCAGGUGGUGCUGAACUGCCCGCUGGGGCGGGGGCUGCGCUACAGCCAGGCCACCCCCCAGUUCCACCAGUGGCGGGGGCCCCGCUGGGUCUGGGGGCUCAGCUUCGGCGCCCCCCGCGAGGCCGCCCUCUUCGCCGCCGCCGUCCUGCGGGCGCUGCGGGCGCUGGAGGAGGGGCCCUCGCAGCCCUGGACGGAGCCGGAGACCCCCGAGGAGAGUCAGGAGAGGUGGGUGCCCCCCCCCCCC